CCGCUUAACUUUAAUAAACUGUGAAUGUGUUUUUCUCUUAGGAGCCAGGAGGCGUGCGUGGUGGACAGCAUAAAGGUCUGCAGCAACGACACAGGCACGGGCCGCCUCAAACGCAUCUGCAUCACCAUGCGGGUGCCACGAAACCCGACCAUCGGCGACAAGUUCGCCAGCCGCCACGGUCAGAAGGGCAUCCUGAGCCGCCUGUGGCCCGCCGAGGACAUGCCCUUCACAGAGAGCGGCAUGGCCCCCGACAUCCUGUUCAACCCGCACGGCUUCCCCUCCCGCAUGACCAUCGGGAUGCUCAUCGAGAGCAUGGCGGGCAAGUCGGGCGCCCUGCACGGUCUGAGCCACGACGCUACGCCCUUCACCUUCUCCGAGGAGAGCUCCGCACUGGAGUACUUCGGGGAGAUGCUCCGAGCGGGCGGGUACAACUACUACGGCACCGAGCGGCUCUACAGCGGUGUGAGCGGGCUGGAGCUGGAGGCGGACAUCUUCAUCGGGGUGGUCUACUACCAGCGGCUGCGUCACAUGGUCUCAGACAAGUUCCAGGUGAGGACGACGGGAGCGCGAGACAAGGUGACCAACCAGCCGGUGGGGGGGAGGAACAUUCAGGGAGGCAUCCGGUUCGGGGAAAUGGAGCGAGACGCCCUGCUGGCCCACGGCUCGUCCUUCCUGCUGCACGACCGCCUCUUCAACUGCUCCGACCGCUCGGUGGCGCAGGUGUGUGUCGACUGCGGCAGCCUGCUCUCCCCCCUCCUAGAGAAACCUCCCCCCUACUGGUCGUCCAUGCGUAACCGCAAGACUGUCUGCACCCUGUGCGGGAAAAAUGACUCCAUCGACUCGGUGUCGGUUCCAUACGUCUUCCGCUACUUUGUCGCAGAGCUAGCAGCAAUGAACAUCAAAGUCAAGUUGGAUAUUAAGUGAAUUUUGCCAGACAACCAGAAAUAUGUCUAAAUGUGUCAAAUCAAAGGAAAUUAUCUUAUGUGUUGUAUUAACAUGGCUCUUGCUGCAAUAAAUCGUAUCCAAAAAACAAACUGUGCAUCAGAACAGUCUGUUUUAACUAGUUUUAGAAAAUGAAAAAGUAGCUGCAUUUAUGAUGGAUAUGUUGACUUUGAUUAUGGUGUGUAAAAAAAACAAAUGUAUUUUUUAUAUUCACACUGAGUGUUAAAUAAAGAUGCUUGACCAAGAA